AUGUCUUCAACAAGCUGCAGUGUUAUGGAAAAACCAAGUAACCAAGAACAAAUUCUCUUCAAGUGUCCUCGAUGCGAUUCCAUUCAAACAAAGUUCUGCUACUACAAUAACUACAGUUUGUCUCAGCCAAGGCACUUUUGUAAAUCUUGCAAGCGUUACUGGACUAGAGGCGGAACCCUAAGAAACGUUCCGGUUGGCGGCGGGUUUAAGAGGAACAAAAGGGUGAAACGGGCGCAGCCGUCAGCCUUCACCGGUGGUGCAAAUUCUUCCUCCGCUUCAAAUGAAACUACAAAAAUCAGUACUGUCCAACCCAAGAUAAAUCAUGUUAACCCUUUGCUGUAUAGCCAGGCCACUAACCCUAUCGAGCUCAAUCUUUCAUAUCCGAGGUCGAAUUCUCCUAGGAUUUCGGGAUUUAAUAUUCAGCCUCAUAUUAAUGUACUUGGAUUAGAGUUCUCGUCGGCUCUUAUGGCAAGUGAUCGCAUUCAACACAGUGACUGUAAGAAUGCGUAUAAUUCUGCUGAGCAAAUCCAAGAUGUUAUCAAUCCAAGUUCAGUUCUUUCAAGCACUUCUAUAUUUGGAUCUUCAACUUUUGCUUCCACUUCAACAAUGGCUUCUUUGCUUGUUUCUAGCCUUCCACAACAAAAAUUCGUUUCCACAGGUUUGAAAGAUAUUCAAGAAACUAAUAACUUUCCAGGGUUGUCCACUUUUGCAGAAAUACAAGCAAUGGACCCAAUUGAACAGAUAAAUUCUGCUGAUCUUUCUCAUUUAUGGGACACAACUGGUGUUGUUACUUGGCUCGAUCCUUCAAGCAUGGGUUCUUCUGUCCCUUAUCUGAUCUAG